GCAAACAUUCCUGAUACUUUAGCUGUAUAGCUGUUCCGAUCACAAUGAAGCCGUGAGAGAGAGAAUCGUCGAGGACUCUUGUCUGCGUCGGCACUUGCUCUGCGUCUGCAAAUCCGACUAGUUGUUGUUGUUACCUUACCGGGGGAGAUGUCGAGCUCACAGUUUAGGUAUACGCAGACGCCGUCGAAGGUGGUGCAUCUGAGGAAUCUGCCGUGGGAAUGCGUUGAAGAAGAGCUCAUCGACCUAUGCAAACGAUUCGGCAAGAUCGUCAACACCAAGACCAAUGUCGGCGCCAAUCGCAACCAAGCUUUCGUCGAAUUCGCUGAGUUGAAUCAGGCUAUAUCAAUGGUUUCUUAUUAUGCUUCGUCUUCAGAGCCUGCACAGAUUCGAGGGAAAACUGUGUAUAUUCAGUACUCUAAUCGGCAUGAGAUUGUCAACAAUCAGAGUCCUGGAGAUGUCCCUGGCAAUGUUCUCUUGGUUACCUUUGAAGGUGUCGAAUCUCACGAUGUCAGCAUCGAUGUCAUUCAUCUCGUGUUUUCUGCUUAUGGCUUCGUCCACAAAAUUGCCACUUUUGAGAAAGCUGCUGGUUUCCAGGCACUAGUUCAGUUUACUGAUGUGGAAACUGCAUUAGCGGCAAGGACUGCACUGGAUGGCAGAAGUAUACCCAAAUAUCUGCUUCCAAAACAUCUAGGUUCUUGCAAUUUGCGAAUGUCUUAUUCAGCUCAUACUGAUCUAAAUAUCAAGUUUCAGUCUCACCGCAGCAGGGAUUACACAAAUCCAUACCUUCCAGUGAAUCAAACCGCAAUGGAUGGUUCUAUGCAGCCUGCUUUGGGUGCUGAUGGAAAGAGGGUAGAAACUCAGAGCAACGUCCUGCUUGCUUUGAUUGAGAAUAUGCAGUACGCUGUCACCGUGGAUGUUCUCCACACGGUGUUUUCCGCAUAUGGAGCUGUCCAGAAGAUUGCAAUAUUUGAGAAGAAUGGUUCAACGCAAGCCUUAAUUCAAUACUCUGAUAUAGCAACAGCGGCAGUAGCGAAAGAAGCACUGGAAGGACACAGCAUAUAUGAAGGUGGCUACUGUAAGCUUCGACUAACAUACUCUCGUCAUACUGAUCUCAAUGUAAAGGCAUUUAGUGACAAAAGCAGAGACUACACACUGCCUGAUCUAAGCCAACUGGUGGGGACAGGAGUGGCUGCAGCUAGUGGGCCAACAACAGAUGGUUGGCAGAAUACGCAGGUGCAAACUCAAUACGGGGGAAGUCCAUAUAUGUACCCACCAGCUGAUCCGACAGGGGCUUCACCUUCUUCUGGUCAUCCUCCUUACUAUGCUUGAUCGAUCCCAUAUAUAUUUGUUUUCUAUAUAAAUUUCGGAUUUGUUGCUGUCCUCUUAAAGUCCAAACUUGUAGGCUUCACCAGUUGUUUUGUUUCAGGUAAAACUGUGAUUGUUCUUUUUUUAUUUGGUUUAAUAGACAGGGAAAACCAGUAAUACUAUAUAUUAUCUUAUGAUACAUUAAAAAUAUUUUAUUACAAAUUGGUUUUUAGUUGA